CGUAUUGCAGCUUUUGGAGAUGAGAAGAUGGAAGACCAUAGAGGAGGCUAUUGCAGUAGUCGAGUCUGGAUGUGAUGAAGGCGUGAAUGAGUAUUUCAGCUGUGGCUUGGGAGAGGGAGGGACGGAUGCGGGCGAUGUUGCGGAGAUGAAAGAAGGAGAUUUUAGUGAGGUGGCUGAUGUGUGAUUGGUAUGACAGUGUUGAGUCCAUUAUGAUGCCAAGAUUGCGUACGGAGGUGGAGGGGGUGACAAGGUGACCAUCAAUGAGGAGAGUGAGGUUCUGUACAGAGGGGAGGAGAGCUUUGGGUCCGGUGAUGAGAAGUUCUGUUUUGUUACUGUUGAGUUUGAGAAAGUUAUUGUCCAUCCAGGUUUUUAUGUCGGACAGGCAGUUUGAGAUGUGAGAGAGAGUGACAGGGGUGAUGGAUUUAGAUGAAAUGUAAAGUUGAGUGUCAUCUGCAUAGCAGUGGAAAUUGAGUCCAUGGUGGCGAAUGAUUUGACCGAGGGGAAGCAUAUAGAUUAUGAAGAGGAGGGGGCCGAGGACCGAACCUUGGGGGACACCAUGGGUGACUGGAGAGGUGUGGGAUUUAUGGUUAUUGAUGGAGACGAAGUGGUGACGAUCGGAGAGAUAGGAGGUGAACCAGAGGAGUGCAGUGCCAGAUAUCCCUAUUGACUGAAGACGGUGGAGGAGGAUGUUGUGGUCAAUGGUGUCAAAUGCAGCGGAAAGGUCGAGGAGGAGGAGGAUGGAGAUGGAACCAGAGUCAGCGGCAAGGAGAAGAUCAUUGGUUACUUUGAUGAGAGCUGUUUCAGUACUGUGGUGUUCGCGGAAUCCAGAUUGAAAUGUUUCAAACAUAUGGGAGGAGUGGAGAUGGUGCCGAAGUUGGGUUAUGACGGAUCGUUCCAGAAUUUUUGAGAGAAGUGGGAGAUUGGAAAUGGGUCUGAAAUUGUCCAGGUUGUCGGGGUUAAGGCCAGGUUUUUUCAGGAGGGGUGUGAUGGUGGCGAGUUUGAGUGGGGAGGGGACUGAGCCAGUGGUGAGAGAGGUGUUUAUGAUGUUAAUGAUAAGAGGAAUGAGAGUGGGAAUACAGGUUUUAAGAAGAGAGGAUGGUAUGGGGUCGAGAAUGCAGCUGGAGAAAUUCAUGGUUGAGAUGAGUUUGAAGAUGUCAGAGGGAGCAAGAGGAGAAAAGGAGGGAAAGCUGUGAGAUGUUAGAGGUGGACUGUUAAGAUCUGAGGAAGGAGAACUGAAGGAAGUGGAUGCAAGUGAACUGUGUAUAGUUUGGAUUUUUGCGUGAAAAGAUGACAGAAAGUUAUUGCAUUUGUCUGUUGUGAAUGUGGCAGUGAUAUUGUCCUUGGGUUUGGUGAGUUUUGCGAAAGUGGAGAAUAAGGUACGGGGGUUGGAAGAGUUAGAGUGAAUAAUUUGAGAAUAGAAAGUGGAACGGGCUGUUUUGAGUGCAGAGUUGUAAAUAUUGACAAUGUGUUUGUAGGCUUGGGCAUGAACUGUGAGACCGGUUUUUCUGUAGAGGCGUUCAAGUUUUCGGCGUUGCUUCUUAAAAAUGUGGAGAUCCGGGGUAUACCAAGGGGCAGAGGUGGAGAAGGAGACUGUAGCUGUUUUGAGAGGGGCUAAUCGGUUGAGGCAGGAGGAGAGUGCGUGGUUGUAGAAGUUGACUAGAUCCAAAGCAGUAGAGUCUGAGGGGAGGGAAGAGCUGGUAAUGGCAUCAGACAAGGCGGAGGAGAAAGAAUCGGGAGGGAGUGAUUUCAGAUUCCGGAAGGUGAUUGUUCGUGCGUGGUUGUUAGUGGGGGUAGGGAUACAAAUGUCCAGGGUUAUGGCCAGAUGAUCAGAAAUUGUGAGGUCAGUUAAUGACAGGUUAUGGAUGGUGAGGGAGGGUGUGGAGCAAACCAGGUCCAGAAUGUGGCCAUGUUUAUGUGUGGGUGAAGUGAUAUGUUGGGUGAGAUUGAGGCAGUUUAAGAUGUCCAAAAAGUCAGAUGAAAAUUUGUCUGUGGGGGAGUCGACGUGGAUAUUGAAAUCUCCGAGGAGCAGAAUGGACGGGGACAUGGAGGACAGCUGGGUGACCAAAUUGGUGAAGUCAGACAGAAAUGAGGGACAGUUUUUUUGGUGGGCGAUAGACUACAGCAACAGUGAGUGAUUGAGAACCGGGAAAUCUGAAAGCUAAAUGUUCAAAUGACGAUACAGCUGGGAUGGAGAUGGGGCGGAGAGUGUAGUCACAGCGGUGGAUGACAGCAAUGCCUCCGCCUCGUUUUUCCAAGCGGGGGUUUUCAAAGUAAGUGUAUCCAGGUGGGGUGGUUUGGUUAAGUGCAAAGUAAUCCAUGGGUUUGUGCCAGGUUUCAGUGAGACAGAGUAAAUCCAGGUUAUUGUCCAUUAUGAAUUCGUUGAGGAGGAGGCUUUUAUUAUUAAGUGACCUUGUGUUGAAUAGAGCUGUUUUGAGAGGCUUUUGUUGUGAAGUCCUUGUGACGGAAGUUGGAACAGGCAGAAGGUUGUAUUGAGUCAUGUGACGAGUGCGCGGAUGACGUAUGCGGAAGUUGUUGUUGAGCCGGCAUCCAGGAGAGUGAGAGCUGCGGUCGGACCAAAGAGAGGGAAUGCUGUUUUCGGUGGUGAAGUUGUAGUAAAGUUUUCGACGGGAGCCUCGAUGGAUGUACGGGCGACGGCGGAGAAGGCAGUGUUGUUUCAGAGUUGUAAUAAUGUCCGGCGAAAGAGGUGCGUGGUGGUUGAGUCCGAGAAGCUGCGAGGACAUGUACCUGAGAGCCAUAGUCGGAGCCGGAGAUGGCAAAAGCCGCGGAGAGGCAGGCAAAAACGGCUGUCACAGUGUGGGAUCACCAGUCAAGGAUGUGUUUCAUUGGCUGAGGCUCUCAAGUUAAACCCCUCCCAUCUUCAAGAGCUGAACCUGAGCUGGAACUAUCUGCGGGAUGAAGGGGUUGAGAUCCUCUCGAAAGGACUGAGCAGCCCACACUGCAUCUUAAAAGUCCUCGAGCUGUCACAGUGCGAGAUUACGGAUAAAGGAUGCAUUUCAUUGGCCAAGGCUCUCAAGUUAAACCCCUCCCAUCUUCAAGAGUUGAAUAUCUGGGACAAUCGAAUAGAGGAAAAAGGAAAGAGGGUCUUAUUGGAGAUCAAGGAGGAUCCCAGCUAUAGCUUGAAGACUGUCGAAUUUAAACCGUGGGACUAGGAACAACGUUUGGUCCUUGGCGUCAAGAAGGGCGAGUCAUUCCAAAUGUUCAUUAUUAGAAGACGUCGAGUCCAUUUGGUCUCCUUCAGAUUUAGUUCGGUCUCAUGUACUCUCCGAUGAUCGCAAGAGGACCGGGUGUUGGCGCUACGGGCAAAGCGGCCUCGCUCACAGAAUUCGGGGAGGUCGUCGUCGGGUUCUUUGCAGCCACAUGGAGGUGGAGUUCAAGGGGAAGGUCUACGACGUUCCCACCAAACUGCUGGCAGUUGUAUUCAUCCAUUUGUAUUGGAAGGGGUUGUCCAAAUGGAUUGGACUCUAGAGCAUCAUCAAUGGCAGCCAGUGAGUUCAAUAAGUACCCUUUAAAGGGUUAACUUAUGUUUUUCACAAAUUUAAAAGAAAAUGUUAUACGUACACCUAAAAUGGUUUUGCUCAU